AUGAGAUUAACAGCAUCGACCGCCGCUGCUAUCCUGGCUUUCACCAUGGCCACGGCUGGUGCUCUCCCUUCUCCUCAAACCACCGACGGGGCCUUGUCCACCGUUCAAACACCACCUCAUGACACUACCCUAAUACUUGUCCCCGACGACGAAUACUACGUCGAGAAACGCUGGACGCCAUGCCAUCAAGGUCAGGGUCAGGGUCAGGGUCAGGGUCAGAGUCACGGGCAGGGCAGAUGCUCUCGCAAAUGGCAAGGCGAACAUAGGAACGGUCACCGUGUUGACCACACUUACUACCGCGGAAGACAAGGCGGAAUGGGCUCUAACCGCGGCAACCACGAUCCCAUCCCCAACAUUGACGACCUGGAUCUCGACUUCUCGAAUGAGGACGCCGAAGUCGCAAAACUGGCCCGACGAGCCAUCAACCUGAACUUCUCGCACGAGGAUCCCGAAGUCUCCCGCCUCGCUCGUCGCGCAAUCAAAAUGAAAGUCUUCCACUGGUGGGAGAACCAAACGGGUGGACCUUUCAUGGACAUUGUGACCGGCAACCCGAACGUUCGCAACAUGAACAUCAAAGAACAGAGCAAAAACCAAGGGAAAGGCUGGGUUCGACGCCGCGACCGCUCCGCUGUGCGUGAAAAACUCAACAAGGGUCCCAAGAGGCUGACUUUUGAUCACAGCGGUCACGGACCAAUGCCUGAUGAGGUCGAUGAGGGUGAUUAUGUUGAAUACCCCUACGAGGAGGAGGGUGGUCCUACAUCACCGACUUUGAAACGCCAUUCACCGCGGCCAAAAGGUUCUACGCCCAUCCCGAGCGCAAUGCUUGGAGAAUGA